AUGAACCACCACUUUAGGGUAACUUCAUUUAUUUGUCUUAAUAUUUUUUUGUUUGGUUUAGGAGAGACUGUCAUAAAUAAUGGCGAACCUUGUUCACCUAAGGACACAAGGAAUGUUGGAGCUGUGGAGGAACCACUCCAGGCAGAAGAGAAAAAUAAAUCUGCAGAUAUUUCAAAACACAAAGAACAAUGCCUUGUACCAUGUGAUGCUCAAGCUAAAAUUUUACGAGGGGACAAACAUUACAUGUGCAGAAAUUUGCAGAACUCUCUCGCUGAAUAUGCCAGAAGUACAAAAAAGCUGGUAAGAGACAUGAUGGAUGAUCAACAGUCUUCGCUGGAUUACCUUUCUAAUCAGGUAAAUGAACUUAUGAACAAACUUGUUCUUUUGAACACAGUACUUUUGAGAAAACAUCUGGAUCCACUCCCUUAUAAAGCAGUUCAAUCUCAUGGUUUGGACUGCACUCAUAUUAAAGAUACUGUUGGUUCAGUUUCAAAAACUCCAAGUGGUCUGUACAUUAUCCAUCCAGAAGGAUCAAAUUAUCCUUUUGAGGUUUUGUGUGAUAUGGAUUUUCGAGGAGGUGGAUGGACUGUGAUUCAGAAAAGAACUGAUGGAAUUGUUCAGUUUCAGAGAACAUGGUCUGAAUAUCUGGAUGGAUUUGGUGACCUUACUGGAGAAUUUUGGCUUGGACUGAGGAAGAUUUUUGACAUCGUAAAUCAAAAGGCCACUCAUUUCAGUCUUUAUGUGGAUUUGGAAUCAGAAAAUGACAAGCAUGCCUAUGCCUCAUAUGAUGGAUUUUGGAUAGAGGAUGAAUCAUGUUAUUUUAAGAUCCAUUUGGGGCAUUAUUCAGGAAAUGCUGGUGAUGCAUUUAGAGGAUAUAGAAGAGAAGAUAACCAAAAUUCCAUGCCUUUCAGCACGUUUGAUGUUGAUAAUGAUGGAUGCAGGCCAAUGUGCACUAUUAAAGGACAGCCAGUAAAGAGCUGCAGUAACUUCAGUGAUAACACAGGAUGGUGGUUCAACAAGUGUGGCCUUGCAAAUCUUAAUGGUGUUCAUCGCUACAGAGGGAGAUUCCUUGCAACUGGCAUUCACUGGGAUACAUGGACAAUGAACAAAAAGCCAGUCAAAAUUAAAUCAGUUUCAAUGAAAAUUCGGAGAACCAAUUAUCCAUAUUUCCAUUAA